AUGCUCCGUACCAACAGAACAGCCGCGCCGUUUGUAACGUUCCAGCGGCUCCGCAGCGCCGGUCGAGCGUGUCCCUCCGGCCCGUGGCGCAGCCCCGCUUGGCCGCCGCGCGCCAUGGGCGAGCGCCGGGGCCGCGCUCCGCCGCAGGAGGCCGUAGGGCCGGAGCGGGGUUUCUCUUCAGAUGCUAUUGAAAAUGACUUUAAACCAAAUGAAGAGCCUCUUCUCAGAAAAAAUCCUCGUAGAUUUGUCAUCUUCCCACUCCAAUACCCGGAUAUAUGGAACAUGUAUAAAAAGGCACAAGCUUCCUUCUGGACAGCAGAAGAGGUUGAUUUAUCAAAGGACUUUCCUCACUGGAACAAGCUGAAAUCAGAAGAAAAAUACUUCAUCUCUCAUGUCCUGGCUUUUUUUGCAGCCAGCGAUGGAAUUGUAAAUGAAAAUUUGGUGGAGCGAUUCAGCCAGGAAGUGCAAAUCCCAGAGGCUCGUUGUUUCUAUGGAUUUCAGAUUCUAAUUGAGAAUGUUCACUCGGAGAUGUACAGUUUGCUAAUAGACACUUACAUCAAAAAUCCCAAGAAACGAGAAUUUUUAUUUAAUGCAAUUGAAACAAUGCCUUGUGUCAAGAAGAAAGCAGAUUGGGCCCUGAGGUGGAUAGCAGACAGAGACUCAACUUUUGGGGAGAGAGUGGUUGCCUUUGCCGCAGUGGAAGGGAUCUUCUUCUCAGGUUCUUUUGCUGCUAUAUUUUGGCUGAAGAAGAGGGGUCUGAUGCCUGGACUGACAUUCUCCAACGAGCUCAUUAGCCGAGAUGAGGGUCUGCACUGUGACUUUGCUUGCCUAAUAUUUCAUUAUUUAGUAAACAAGCCUUCAGAAGAGAGGGUCAAGGAGAUCAUUGUUAAUGCAGUUGAAAUUGAGCAGGAGUUUUUAACAGAGGCUUUACCAGUAGGGCUGAUUGGAAUGAAUUGCACUUUGAUGAAACGGUAUAUUGAAUUUGUGGCAGACCGGUUACUGACAGAACUUGGGUUCUCUAAGGUCUUUCAAGCAGAAAACCCUUUUGAUUUCAUGGAGAAUAUUUCACUGGAAGGAAAAACAAAUUUCUUUGAGAAGCGGGUUUCAGAGUAUCAGCGCUUUGCAGUUAUGGCAGAAACAACAGACAAUGUUUUCACUCUGGAUGCAGAUUUCUAA